CCAAUAUUAAAAUACACAAUCCCUAUCCUCAACCUCGAAAACAGCGUAUAGUCUCCCUAAACCCAAAGAUGCACCAACAUCCCUUUUACCGGCACAAGCCCUGUCGCUGUAUUAACUUUCGCUGUGGCCGCAGGCUCCGACCCUGGACUCGACCGCUUCCCAGAACUUCCAUUACGGAACUGCUCAACCACAAAGCUCACCACCUGCUUGCCAUAAUUCUGCACAUACUGCAAAUGCGCGGUGCCGUUGAGCGCUUCGCUACUGCUGAAUGCCAUCACGUCACAGAAUGGAUCUCCGGCAUCGCAGUACGACCGAAUCCGAGAGCCCAGGGCCCGAAUGCGGAUCUGGACAUCGCUGUUUUUGCCGUGCUGGCUGGAGAUCGAAAAGAUUCGCUAUUGAUACUCAGCUCACUAGGUCCUUAUUAAUCGCAAAGAUGCCGAUCGCCACCGAAUCAUGCUCGCUCAUGUGUUUCGCGAGUCCACCAUCCCGGGCACGGCGUAUCAAAUCGACCAACGGUAUCUGUACGGACUUUGUCAAAUAGCUGUACUAAUCCGCACCACGGAGCAACCUUACUCUCUCUCUUACUAAACAAUUCUCCUAGUCUAGGUAACCCUCAUCGACCCAACUUUGGUUGGAAUCCUGGUUCUGGAAAAUCCACAGCACCUGCAUCGCCCC